AUGGGUAAAUUUAUAAAAAUUAGGGUAAAAGAAAUGAUAAAAUAAUCUGAUAACCUCAAAUUGAUUAAUUUACUCUUACCAAAUAUGUAUAUAAGUGAGGCAUACAAGAAGAUAUAAAUAUAAAUUAUAUUCUUUAUUUUUUAUAUUGUUUGUUUUAGCGAAUUGAAAUAGGUUUAUUUUAUUUAGUUUUAUGUAAAUUUUAUGAUUUUUAUUUGUUUUUUUUAUUUUUUAAGUGUUUUAUAAGUGAGGUAAUUUAGUUUGAUAUGGUGUUAGCUACAAAGGUAGAUGAGCUAGCUAUAUACUAUAUCCAUUAAAAAGAAUUUUAAGAGCUAAAUGAGGAAGAGUUUAUCUCAAUCUAAAUAUCAAUGA